GAAGUCGGCGCUCGAUUCCGGCCGCCAGGGCUGGCCGAGGGAGAGAGCCAAGAUGGCGGACAGGGCGCCAGGCGGUUCGCAGAAAGGCAGCGGGAAGGUCAGAGCGCCAGAUGCAGUACAUACCACUGGAUCUGCAGAUACACAUCCUCUUAUGGAAAGCAAACUUAAAGCAUUCAGUAUUGGCAAAAUGAGUGCUGCCAAGAGGACUUUAAGCAAGAAGGAACAAGAGGAAUUAAAAAAGAAGGAGGAUGAGAAGGCUGCUGCAGAAAUUUAUGAAGAAUUCCUUGCUGCCUUUGAAGGAAGUGAUGGUAAUAAAGUAAAAACAUUUGUGAGAGGAGGAGUUGUUAAUGCAUCCAAAGGUAAGAGUGAGGACCAUGAAACAGAUGAAAAACGAGGUAAAAUCUACAAACCUUCAUCGCGAUUUUCAGAUCAAAAAAAUCAACAAAGUCAACCAUCUAAUGAGAAACCUCCAUCCCUUCUAAUGAUAGAAACCAAAAAGCCUCCUUUGAAAAAAGGGGAGAAAGAAAAGAAAAAGAGCAAUUUGGAACUUUUCAAAGAAGAACUAAAACAAAUUCAGGAGGAGCGUGAUGAAAGACACAAAACAAAAGGUAGAUUAAGUCGUUUUGAGCCACCUCAAUCGGAUUCAGAUGGCCAGCGUCGUUCAAUGGAUGCUCCUUCAAGAAGAAACAGAUCAUCUGGUGUGUUGGAUGAUUAUGCACCAGGAUCGCAUGAUGUUGGGGAUCCAAGUACAACCAAUUUGUACCUUGGAAACAUUAAUCCUCAGAUGAAUGAAGAGAUGUUGUGCCAAGAAUUUGGACGCUUUGGACCAUUAGCAAGUGUUAAAAUUAUGUGGCCAAGAACUGAUGAAGAAAGAGCGAGAGAGAGAAAUUGUGGCUUUGUUGCCUUUAUGAGCAGGAGAGAUGCUGAACGAGCACUGAAGAAUCUAAAUGGCAAGAUGAUUAUGUCUUUUGAAAUGAAGCUAGGUUGGGGCAAAGCUGUACCUAUUCCACCGCAUCCAAUAUACAUUCCACCUUCCAUGAUGGAGCAUACUCUCCCACCACCUCCAUCAGGACUGCCUUUUAAUGCUCAGCCUCGGGAGAGAUUGAAGAACCCUAAUGCUCCAAUGUUACCACCACCAAAAAACAAGGAGGAUUUUGAGAAGACUCUGUCGCAAGCCAUAGUCAAAGUGGUUAUCCCAACAGAAAGGAAUUUGCUCGCAUUGAUUCAUCGAAUGAUAGAGUUUGUGGUACGUGAAGGGCCUAUGUUUGAAGCCAUGAUCAUGAACAGAGAAAUCAACAAUCCAAUGUUCAGGUUUUUAUUUGAAAACCAAACUCCAGCCCAUGUUUACUACAGGUGGAAGCUUUAUUCAAUUCUACAGGCAAAUGCUCCAACCAAAUGGAGGACAGAAGAUUUUCGUAUGUUCAAAAAUGGAUCAUUUUGGAGGCCGCCACCAUUAAACCCAUACCUGCAUGGGAUGUCUGAAGAGCAAGAAACUGAAGCAUUUGUAGAGGAACCUAAUAAGAAGGGUGCACUUAAGGAGGAACAGAGGGACAAAUUAGAGGAAAUCCUGCGUGGAUUAACGCCUCGUAAGAAUGAUAUUGGGGAUGCAAUGGUUUUCUGUCUUAAUAAUGCUGAAGCUGCUGAAGAAAUUGUAGACUGCAUUACUGAGUCGCUGUCCAUUCUGAAGACUCCUCUUCCCAAAAAGAUUGCAAGAUUAUACUUGGUAUCAGAUGUGUUAUACAACUCUUCAGCUAAAGUUGCCAAUGCUUCAUAUUAUAGAAAAUUUUUUGAAACAAAAUUAUGUCAGAUAUUCUCUGAUCUCAAUGCUACUUAUCGUACAAUACAAGGCCAUUUGCAGUCUGAGAAUUUCAAGCAACGGGUAAUGACAUGCUUCAGAGCAUGGGAGGACUGGGCAAUUUAUCCAGAACCCUUUUUAAUCAAACUGCAGAAUAUUUUCUUGGGGCUUGUAAAUAUCAUAGAAGAUAAAGAAGCUGAGGAAGUACCAGAUGAUCUUGAUGGUGCCCCCAUUGAGGAAGAGCUUGAUGGUGCACCACUGGAAGAUGUAGAUGGAAUUCCUAUUGAUGCUGCUCCCAUUGAUGAUCUUGAUGGUGUCCCUAUUAAAUCCCUUGAUGAUGACCUUGAUGGUGUACCUUUGUUUUUUCCCUCAAUAGUGGAUACUUCUGAAGAUUCUAAAAAAAAUGAGCCUAUAUUUAAGGUUGCCCCUUCAAAAUGGGAAGCAGUGGAUGAAUCGGAAUUAGAAGCUCAAGCUGUUACAACAUCUAAAUGGGAAUUAUUUGACCAGCAUGAAGAAUCAGAAGAGGAAGAAAAUCAAAUUCAAGAAGAGGAAAGCGAAGAUGAGGAGGAUACUCAGAGUUCAAAAUCAGAAGAACAGCAUAUGUACUCCAAUCCCAUCAAAGAAGAAAUGCCUGAAUCCAAGUCAUCAAUCAAAUACUCUGAAAUGAGUGAAGAAAAGCGUGCCAAGCUUCGAGAGAUUGAGCUUAAGGUGAUGAAAUUCCAGGAUGAGUUAGAGUCUGGAAAAAGACCCAAGAAACCAGGCCAAAGUUUUCAGGAACAGGUUGAACACUACAGAGACAAACUUCUUCAGAGGGAAAAAGAAAAGGAAUUAGAAAGAGAACGGGAAAGAGACAAGAAAGACAAGGAAAAAUCUGAAUCCAGAUCCAAAGAUAAGAAGGAGAAAGAAGAAUGUACACCAACAAGAAAAGAAAGGAAAAGACGACACAGCGCAUCACCCAGUCCAUCUCGCAGCAGUGGCAGUAGACGAGCAAAAUCUCCAUCACCAAAAUCAGAGCGCUCAGAGCGAUCUGAAAGGUCCCACAAAGAGAGCUCACGUUCCAGGUCAUCACACAAAGACUCUCCUAGAGACGUCAGUAAAAAAGCCAAAAGGUCCCCAUCUGGCUCAAGGACACCCAAAAGAUCAAGAAGGUCACGAUCCAGGUCCCCUAAAAAGUCAGGGAAAAAAUCCAGGUCGCAGUCUCGUUCUCCACACAGAUCUCACAAGAAGUCGAAGAAAAGCAAACACUGACACUGUUAAUAUUUUUUAAUGAUGCUGUCACUUAACAGAAAUGCGGUUUUGUUUUUGUGCCUGAACAGUCUGUUUAAAAAACAAACAAAAAAAUCAAACAAAAAAGCAUUCCUGAUUUUUUUUUUCUUUUUUUUUUUUUUUUGUGAAUGCACGUGUAUACUCAUAAGUAACUGCAUCUGGAGACCUGUCAUUGUUUUAUAUUGUACAAAAUAUCUUCAUUGUGGCUAUUUCCCCAAAUGAAACAUUUUUGUGUUUAGAAAUUUCAUCAGAAAUGUGUGUAACUGAUCUGCUGGCAGUAGUGAUAUUUUGUUUUAGAAUGUUGUGACAUAGAAAUAAUUCAAAUGUUCCCCCUUUUUGUAGCUUUGACAAUUUGAACUAGAUUUCAAAUAAAAUCUGAACAGAAAAUUAAGAUGUGGUUUUCUUGCUCAGAUGGUGAAUCUUUCAAAGUGUUCAUAGUUUGUUUGGAAGUACUGUGUAUUUCAGACAUACUGUGUUGGAAAACUUUCUUCAAUAUAUUAUAUAUCAACA